UCUCCACAUUUUGAGAAUGAAUUUCAGCUCAUAACCAUUAUUUCUUCAACUGAAAUUAUGAUUGAAUCUUUCUUUCUUUCAAUCCCUCGCAAAAAGCAGAGCUCCGAUUUGUAACUUCAUGCACUUCACGUCGGCCAUCCACUACCCAUCCAUCUGUUUAAUUACUCCAUCAAAACAUCCUUAUAAGUUAUAAACUAUCCUUAAUCUCCCCGAGCGUCCAAACUCCAAAGAACUCUUAGCUUUGAUUUAACACUUUCUCAGGUAGCUCGUCUUCUAUAUGUGCAGCCCUACUCUUCAUGGAGAAUUACCAAGGUGAUCUGACCGACAUCUUCUCCGGCGCAUUAUUAGCGUCGCCGGCCGGUAACUUUUCAGACACGUGGCAAUACCCUCCGACCAUCAACGAUGAAACUGGAUGUAUGGGUUAUUGUUAUCCACCGUUAGAUCGUCGUGAUUUCGGGGACCCGUUUUGCAGCAUGCCGGCAGGUUCGCCGCCGGCAAUAUUCCCGGAGCAGCUCACAGGAGUGAAGGGUUGUUUCGAGCUUGAUCUCGUAGAUGCCGCCGCGGGUGAUGGCGGCGGCGUUCAUCGCACAGUUGCUCCGACGUCGCUGCCGGAACUCGUUCUUGAUGAUGAUGGAAAAAGGAAGGCGGGAGCUCCGGCUUGCAGCGUUUUUUCAAGAAAGCUCCGGAUCUCCCCUUAUUCAAAUCACACUCCGCCGCCUCCUACGGCGGCGAGCACCGUUGUAUUCGGUGCGGGUAAUUAUGAAAUGAAAAUCCCAGAAUCACGUGCGGCGGAUUACACGUCAGACGCGGUGUUGCAGAUCUCACUUCCGAGAAACACGGGAGUUAUGAAAAGGAGCAGGAAGAGUCUGGCGGCGAAGAAGGUGGUUUGCGUGCCAGCGCCGGAGCCGGCAAAUAGCAGGCAGAGCGGGGAGGUAGUUCCGUCGGAUCUUUGGGCCUGGCGAAAGUAUGGUCAAAAGCCCAUCAAAGGUUCUCCCUAUCCCAGGGGUUACUAUAGAUGCAGCAGUUCAAAGGGGUGUUCGGCCCGAAAACAAGUGGAGCGCAGCCGGACCGAUCCAAACACGUUGGUCAUCACCUACUCGUCCGAGCACAACCACCCCUGGCCCACUCAAAAGAAUGCCCUCACUGGUUCCACCCGCUUCCAGCCAUCCAAACCCGAAUUAUUUUCCAUUGGCAAGCAGCACAAUUCGACAAUACAACUUUUGGAUGAGGGUCCGGGCAAAUCAGCGGGUGACAGUCACAACCGCGGGCAAAUGAGUGAUUUUGGGCUGCCCGCGGAUGACCACUCAUCCGAAGAUUUCUUUGCGGAUCUCGAUGAAAUAGAAGCAACUACACACUCGAUACCGCCCUUCGGCUUCAAUGAUUGGUCCACAACAGUUUAUGACAACAUUAUUAUUCACGAGAGCCAAACGUAAUUAAAGGGUUUAAUUAUUUCUUUUGACAAACUUAAUUAAGGGUUUAUUGAUUAUGAUAAACAACAAAUACUAUACUCCGUACAUUGGUGUAUGUACCCAACGCCCCAAGGAUAUCACAUGAUUUAAAGCAUUUUCAUUUUUUUACAUACACUGAUACACACAUGAAUAUUUAAGUGCA